GCGAGUACUGGUACAUUGCAAGAACGCAUCACUAGCAGCGCUCUUCAAGUUAAACAAUUUUAAAAAUUUGUCUUUAKAUUCGAAAUUCGAUAUUCGAUAAUUACAAUGCAGUUGUUCUUGUAUUUGUCGUCCGUUUUGGCGGUGGUCGCUGCCGACGGUUACUACUAUGAGACUCCCGCCACACACACCGUUCCGCAUUGGAAUAGGUUAGCUUCUACCCAGCAGUAUCAAUAUCACACCCAGGAUGGUUUUGGGCAAUAUUCUUAUGGCUAUGGCGAACCAUUUUCCACAAAACAAGAAGUACGCAGUCAGGACGGGAUUACACGCGGUUACUACACUUAUUUAGACGCCGAAGGCAAAYUGCAGACGGUCACAUAUACCGCCGAUGCCGAUGGCUUCCAUGUAGCCGGUACCAAUUUSCCAAAACAGCGCUCGUCGAUGGAUGGYAGCACUGCAUUCGAGGCACCGCAAUCUGUGCAGGAAACACCAGAAGUUGCAGCGGCGCGCUUACAACACCUGGCAGCGCAUCGGCAGGCCAAAUUGCGUUUGUUCGGCAUUUCCACGCCUAUCUCCUYGAAUUCAUUGCUGGUUAAGGAAUCUAAUGAAGACAGUGUAAAAGCUAUCGAUCGUUCUGAUUUACUUCCUCAGCAAGUAGAAGAUACGCCUGAAGUGGCCGCUGCUAAGGUGGAAUUUUUUAAGCGUUACGAGGAGGUGAAACAACGCAAUAAUMGAUUGCGCCAGAAGCAACAGAACGCUGGUUAUGCGUUGGUCAAGUCGCAACCGUUGACCGUAAUGGUCCCUUUGAGGAACUAUAAGCCGUCUAUAAUUCCAAGUGGUGCUUUCCGCUAUGAUAUUAUUGUGCCAUCAAAUAGUCGCGAGUACUUGCCUGUUGCGAAAUUGAGCUCUUACAAAAACUAAUACUUUGGUUUGAUAUAUUUUUGU